AUGAACAACUUUGCUCAGUUAUCCCAAAUCUCCAGUUUUGCGCAGAACUUGUCUGUGGAACGCAUUAAGAGCGAAUUUGGUUCUCUACAAAAUAGAUUGGCGUCGGUACGUCCACCACAGGAAUUCUUCGACUUCAAGAGAAUUUCCAAACCUCAAAAUUUUGGUGAAGUUCAAUCGAGAGUGGGCUACAACUUGGGCUAUUUUUCAACCAACUAUGUCCUGAUUAUUAGUGCUCUAAGUAUUUACACGUUGUUAACCAACUUUUUGUUGUUGACGGUGAUUGUUUUCGUGGUCUUUGGGACUAUGGGUAUUAACAAGCUAAACGGUGCGGAUUUGGUCACUCCAUUUGGUUCUUUUAAGACUUCUCAGCUUUACACUGGUCUACUAUGUGUUGCUGUACCUUUGGGGUUCCUAGCUUCUCCCAUCUCUACUUUACUAUGGUUGAUCGGUGCUUCUAUCGUCACAGUGUUUUCCCAUGCUUCUUUCAUGGAAAAACCGAUUGAAACAGUGUUCGAAGAAGAAACCGUUUAA